AUGGCUGAACUUGUCAUUCUUCUUGUUGGUGCUGGUACAGCUGUUCUUGUUGGAUCAAUAAUCACAACUGUUUAUUGUUGUAAACAUAUUCAAAAUUAUCAUCAAAAGAAUAAACAUCCAACAAAAUAUCAACAUAAUAAUAAUCAAAAUCAUCUUGUAGAUACAGAUAAUGAUGAUAAUUUAUUACAUAAUGUAAUUAUAAAUCAAAAUAUUGCUAAACAUUUACAACCGUUAUCAUUAAUAAGUAAUGAUUCAACAAUGUUAGCACCAUCGAAACGAUUAGCCAUUCUUGAACGUGAUCAACAUGAUGCUCAAACAAUGACUGUUUUAGAAAAUCCUUAUUGUUUCGUACAUUUUACUUUUGAUGAAAAACAACCAUCGUCAUUAAUUCGUUCUCAAUCGAUUAGUUCUCAUGCCGAUAAACAACAUCAACAAAAACAAUUACUUCUAAAUGCUAAAACAUUGCCUUCACGACAUCAUUAUCUUUCAUCAUGUUCAAACAAUAAUAUGAAUAAUAUUUAUGAAAAUAAUCUAGUGACAACCAAUCAUGAACGAGAACAUCCUUAUGCCUAUGAAAACUUAUCAUUAGAACUUGGAGAAUUAACAUUAUCAAAUAAUGAGCGUAUUCAACAAUUUUAA